AUGGCCAAAGCGACGACCGAGGGCUUGGGCGCUUCGCUGCGAGCGGUUGUGCUGCGCAGCUGCAAGCUCGUUUCCCCUGGUCUUUGUGUAUGGCUUGACGACGUGGGCGGUCUAUGUGGAAGUCUUCCGAGUACUCUGCUUGGACUGUUCCUCUACGGUUGCUUAAACGCAUCGUACACCGUCGCUGUCUUCACAGAUCCCGGCUCGCCGCUCACCACACGUCGCGGGGGCCGGCAUGAAUAUAGCGCUCUCCCCGUCUCUGAAUACCCCGAGUUCACCUCGUAUACCGUGAGCUCUUCAGGAGGCUCGCGAUAUUGCAAGAAAUGUCAAUGUCCCAAGCCUGAUCGCGCCCAUCAUUGCUCGACCUGUAAACGCUGUGUUUUAAAGAUGGAUCAUCACUGUCCCUGGCUGGCGACCUGUGUCGGGUUGUAUAAUUACAAGGCUUUUCUUCUCUUUCUGAUCUACACGUCGCUCUUCUGCUGGGUCUGCUUUGGUGUCGCUGCGGUAUGGACCUGGACCGAGGUGCUGAACGAUACCCGCUAUAUGGACACCAUCAUGCCGGUCAACGUGGUAUUGCUGGCCAUUUUGGGGGGGAUUAUCGGGUUGGUGCUGAGUGGCUUCACGGCCUGGCACAUCAGCCUGGCGCUCCGGGGUGUCACCACGAUUGAAUGCUUGGAAAAGACCAGAUAUGUGUCCCCCUUGCGUAAGGCGCUCGAUCGGCACCGUAAUGAGCAUGCGCUGGCCCACGGACACGCGACAGAGACGCACAACGAGGGUCUGGCUCACCGACUCCAGGAUUAUGGGAAUCAAAUCUUGGAUGCGCACGCGAAUGCCAUUCCCGGCGUGACGCGUGCUGAGGAAGGAGAGGAAAGACUCUCCCCAGCGCCUUACUCGCGUGAUGAAGGUCCCAAUCUCGACACCGCACACCAUCCCAUGACACCGGCCCAGCAAGCUCUGACGCGCUCAUAUGCCGAGAUGGAGCGCCAGCGCGAACGCAAUCGGUACCAAGAAUGGGUCGAUGAUCAAGAUAGCGAGAAGAUGCCGCGGGCUUUUGAUCAUGGAUGGCGUCGCAAUCUCGCCCAUCUGUUUGGAGAUAACCCUCUUUUGUGGCCGAUUCCCAUCUGCACCACGACCGGGGAUGGCUGGCGCUGGGAGCCAAGCCAACAAUUCCUCGAGGCUCGAGAACGGAUUCGCAUCGCCCGGGAACAUGAAGCUCAAAACGACCAGCAGUAUUAUCACGACCUUUACUCGAGGAAUUCCAACAACAGCCAUGCCUGGGGGGUGGACCAUACCAGCGCCGCCCAGUAUGCGCAGCAGCAACAACAACAACAACAACACCAACAAUCCAGUUGGAUCGCCAACCGACGAGCAAAUGCAAAUGACACUCUCGAACGACCCACCACAAGUGUGUCGAUGCAGACGCUCGCACCCGCGUCUCCACGGCCGCGACCGGGGGAUAGCGACUAUGAAGACGAGCCUGAAGGCAAUGGACUCUUGGAUCCGGCCGAUGCCGGGAAAAGUCCGAAUGGAAAUGGGAGCAGCGGGCCUGAACGAGAAACAGAGGAAUGGCGAGAUUGGGAUGACUGA